AAAAUACAAUUAUUUCAGGGAAGAAACAUAUCGACGCAGUUUGAGAGCUAUUAUAUCAAUUCUUCUACUGAUGAACUUAUGGACCCAUUUAUCCAUCAACAUCGCUACGAAUUAUUAUUAAAUCAAAAGUUGAAAUGCAAAGGGAAAAAUGUUUUUCUUUUAGUUUUUGUACAUAUGGCACCGGGCAAUUUUGCUGGACGAAACUUGAUAAGAUCCACAUUUGGAACUGUUUUUAGUUUUCACAGUAAACGCAUUGAACAUGUAUUUGUGCUCGGCAAAACCGAAAAUGUAACACUUCAACAAGAAAUCGAACAUGAAAGUAAAAGAUACAUGGACAUUAUUCAGGGUAAUUUCAUAGAUUCAUACAGAAAUUUAACAUACAAACUUUUGUUUAGUUUGUUUUGGGUGAACAAUUUCUGCAACCAUGCGAAAUUCGUCAUCAAGAUGGACGAUGAUAUCAUAAUCAAUAUCCCACUCAUAGUGCCCUACUUAACAGAGAAGGUAAAGGCUGGACAAACAUCUAAUGUUCUGGAAUGUAAAACGAUAACGGAAAAUAUUCCGGUCCGUGAAAGGAACAAUAAAUGGUUUAAAACACCGGAAGAAUAUCCAUUCACGAAGUUUCUCCCGUAUUGUGCUUGACACAGUUCUAUAAUGUCAAUUGACGUUGUAAGAAAAAUGUACAGAGCAUCAAAGAAUGUACCAUAUUUAUGGUUAGAGGAUGUUUAUGGAAGUGGGUUUUUAUCUUUGCUUUAAAGCUAAAUAUGUUUAUGCCGAAAUAUUAUUUUGAACCUGUGAUAAGUAGUUUAUAUGGUAAGCCAUGCAGUUUAUUUUAUUUGAAUAUUUUAAAAAAUUACACCAAUUCAUUAGAAAUGUGGAAUACUAUAACAAAAUAUAAAAAAAAGACUCAACUGUUCGAUUUGACUUAAAAAUGAAUGAGCGAGUUCCCUACUGGACGUAAAACACAACAUGAAAUAUAUAGGAGACGAAUUUCACUAUCUGUUCAUAUGUAAGUCUCCUCAACUGGUUAAUAUUAGAGAAAAAUUGAUUCCUAGUUAUUAUACGAAGUAUGCAAGUAAUCAGAAGUUAGCAGUCUUAUUGCAAUGUUAAAUUAUAUAGACAGGUGUCAUCUUUUAUUAGAA